AUGGCAGACGCAGCUGUAGACAAAAAAGAAAUCGCCCCCGAGGAGGUUACCUCAACGGAGGUAAAAGAAUCUCCAGUUAAAAAAUCUCCCGCCAAAAAGGUUGUUGUAGAGGAAAAACCAGAAAGUAACGGCAAGGAGGAGAACGGCAGUGGAGAUGCCCCCGAGGAAACCCCUGCCGAGAAUGGUGACGACAGCAACGAUGCCGUUGAAAAUGGUGAUGCUGAAGAGACAGAAAAGAAAGACGCCGGUGUAAAGAGGAAAUCUACUGCUGCCGACAACGGUGACGUCACAGAAAAGACGACGCCGGAAAAGAAACAGAAGGUUGCAGAAGAAGCACCUCCCGCUGAAGCGGAGGCCUAA